GACUUUUGCAGAGGAGAUUGAAGAUUUUUCAGGUAAGUCUUAGUCCAUAUUGACCCUAGACGUAAGAAUUUAUUUAAUAUUACUUGGAGAAUCGGUCCCAGAAGACAUCGUUCGAUGGUCGACCGCUUGCACUUCGGAUUCAAAUCUUUUAGAUUUAAAAAGGCAGCUGCGGUGAGCAUUUUGCUUUUCUCGGAAGAAUUUAGACAUUAAUUUAAGCUUUUGUUUUUAUCGACUAAUUGCAAAUUUUCUUUUUUUCAGAAUGAAGAUGUUGGAGUGGUUUCGCCGGAGGUUCCGACGGAAGAAUGCGGUGGCGCCCGAGGGAGGGAUCUCCUCGGACGGCUCCGAUGAGACGUUCGAGGACCGUGUGCUCGACUGGGUCUCUGUCGAAUCGAUUAGUUCGGUGUCAGUUGAGACCGUCGAGCGAGAGGCAGUGGGUGGUGACGACCUUCCCCCGGUGCGUGUGGCGUGGGAUUCUCCUGGAGACAGGAGAGUUCUGAAUCCAUUUCACUUGGCCAAGGUCGUCAGGGAUCAGCCGGCCCUAGGCCUUGUUAAGGAAGGCAUAGGGAGUGACGAGUCCUCUUGGAGUUUGUCUAUUUUCGCAUAGUCUGCCUCUUUGUCUGUGCUCGCGACCACGUCGCAAUUGUCUUUUGGAAGUCGGAGCGGGGAAGAUUCGGAGGAGAGUGCCGCCGAAGUCGAGGAACUGCGGUUUUGUUGCUGUGGGAGGCUGCGGUUCCCUUGGCCUAGGCGGUGAUCCUCUUCAAUUUUCCCCAACUCGUCUUUUGCACCCGGACAUGACACCUUUACUCAGACGUGGCCUUCUCUUACCCAGAUGGUCUCACCUUAUGGACUUGUCUGCCAAACGUGACACUCGAUCGACGACAAUGGAUUUGGCUUCCGAUUGUGACCACCCAGACGCGACAUUUGGCGACCUUUCUUCCCAAACAGAUGUUAUGAGGAUUGAGCUUCCCAUUAUGGUAGGUUAGGUUAGGCUAGGCAAGGCUAGGCUAGGUCAGGUCCUUCACUCUUCUCAUAACACUGUUCGGGAAGAAAGACUGUCUGAUAAAGGAACAUUUGGGAGGGAGAUUCUCCCUCCCCAACUUUACAACCAAGAGGAUGAAGAGGCCAUUUAUUGUACAAGUGAAUAUUUCCCGAAAUCUCCAAUGUAAAGAAGAUGGAAGAGAAUAAUAAUUGGUUACAUUAUGUGCAAUUAAAAAGUUAACUUCUUUUUCUGUAAAAAUGAAAAUACCUGUCCUUGCAAUUAGCAUCUGGAUGUUCAUUGGAAUGACUGUUUUAGGUGUCUUUGGAUAUAUAUAUGUCCUCUGGAAUCAAUAUUGGAGGUUAACCUUAGAAAAGCAUCAGAUGUUGAUCAGGAACUUUAGAAAGUCGUCGUAUUCGCGAGAAAUUGCUGGAAAAGAAAUACCUUUAAGGCAUUUUCCACAUAUGCCUCAUAUUGCUAAGCAUUUUGAAAAUUCUUCAUCACUGGUAACUAGUCGAUAUAAUUUAUCUAAAGUGCCUACCGAUAAAUUAAUGAGCAAAAUUAAUACUUACAAGAAUCAAUUAAUAGUUCAGUUAAGAAAAUCUCAACUUGAUGCUGGUAAUGUUAUAUUUGAUAAAAAGGAUAAAAAUCGAUAUAAUGUAAAUUUUAAAGGUCAAAGACCUCUUUCGUAUAAAACAGCGAAAGCAUUAGUUUGUGAGGCAAAAAAAGUUAUUAAAAUUGAAAUGUUAACUCAAAAUACAGAACCAUUUAAGAGUUUAGGUUUUGGACGGCUGUUUCCUUCUCAACCCAUCAAUAAAGUCCUGGGAAAAUUUCAAACAUGUGCUAUUGUGUCCAGUGCUGGUUCAAUGUAUAAAUCUAAACUUGGGAAAGAAAUAGAUGCACAUGAUGCAGUAUUACGAUUUAAUAGUGCACCUACAGAAGGUUUUGAAGAUGACGUUGGUACAAAAACUACUAUUCGUAUUUUGAAUUCUCAAGUUGUCUCUAAACCAGAAUUUGAUUUCUUUCAAUCACCAUUAUAUAGAAAUGUUACAAUGAUUGCUUGGGAUCCUUCCAAAUAUCAUGGAAAUUUAACAUAUUGGUAUAAAAAUCCUGAUUUUGAUUUAUUUACUUCAUAUUGGAUAAGAAGGAAAAUGUAUCCAGAUGAAUCAUUUUAUAUUUUAAAUCCAGAAGUUCAGUGGAUUGCAUGGGAUUAUAUUCAAAAAAACACUCCAGGUCAUGUUGAACCAAAUCCACCUUCUUCAGGUUUUCUUGGUAAAUAUAUCUGUUAUUUAACCUUUACUUAAUAAAUAAAACUUUCUGUUUUUAAUUUCAUAAUUACAUCUGCUAUCCUCAGUUAUCCAACUUCCUAGGUACUCAAACAUUUUUACCUUUUCUAUUUUAUUUCCAUCCAACAUAAUAUGUAGAUCUUUGUUUUCUUCUCUUGAGAUUAUCAUAACUUUCAUUUUUUUCACAUUUAUUUUCAUUUGGUACCUUGCUUUUCUCACUUCUUUCAAUCUAUCUAGAAUUUUCUGUAAUCCUUCUUAAGUGAUACAUAACAGAGCAAUGUUGUCAACAUACCUGAUGUUAUUGAUAAGAUGUCUAUUAAUUUUUACACCUUCAUCUAAAUUUUCAAAUGCUUCUCUUGUCAUCCAUUCACUGUAGAUGCUAAAAAAAAGUGUUGGGGACAAACCACAUCCCUGUCUUAUUCUUUUUUUGAACUGAAUCCAUUUGGUAUUCUCUCCACAAAAUCUGACCAUUGCUUUUUGACUUUUAUAGAUGUAGAUUAUUCUCAGUAAUUUUUAUCAAUACCUACUUUUUGCAGAAUUUCAAACAACAGAGUUUGAUUAGCACUAUCAAAAGCCUUCUUGAAGUGAACAAAACAUACAAAUAACUCUCUAUCAUGAUCACUCAUUCUUUCUCCUAUAAGUUGUAUCAUUGUAAUGGUCUCCCUUGUCCCUCUGCCUCUUAGGAAACUGAAAUUAUGACUCAUCUAGUUCCCAAUUUAUGUAGUUUUCUAUUCUUCACUGUAUAUUGUUAACUAAAACCUUUGAGGUAUGGUUUAUCAAGCUAAUAGUUCUGUGUUUAUCACAGUCUAAGGUACCCAUAGUUUUAGGAACAGGGAUGAAGAUAGAUUUUUGAAAUCAUCCAGAAUAUAUGCCUCUAAAAUUUGGUUAAAAAAAUUAGUUAGGAUUCUUGUUUUAUCUUUCCCCAUAGCUUAAGGAGUUCUGCUUGUAUUUCAUCUAUUCUUGGUGUCUUUUUGUCCCUCAGCUUUUUCAAUGCAGCAUCAAUCUUUUCCUUCUCCAUCUCUUCUAGGUUUAAACUGUCCUUAUUUCUGUAGAGAUUGUCUACAUAUCUUUCCCAUCGUAGCACUUGUUCAUCUUUUCUGCAAUAAAAUGUCUCCAUUUUUAUCUCUCAGAUCUCCCAAUUCUGCAUUUCCUUUUUUCCCUGAGAUUAAGCUUAGCUUUUAUUAUUAUUUUAUUAUUUUUUUAGCAUAUACUCUUCUUAAGUCAUUCCUAUUUGUGUGGUGCUCCAUUUCCAAACAUAAUUGAUUCAACCACUUUUCCUUUGCCUGUUUGCACAUUAUUCUUAUUUGUUUAAUAAAAAUAUAGAAUCAUUAAUAUUCUUCUGUGUUAUUAUCACUUUGGUAUCAUCAUCUUUCAUCCAUCUUUUUACUAUCUCCUCUGUGACCCAAGGCUUCUUUAUUUGGCUCUCUUUCUUGCUGAGGAUGUCAACUGCGGUGUCUUUAUUUUUUUGUUUUAAAUCAUUCUAGAUUUCUUCUUCACUUCUGUUAGUGUUAAAAUUUUGCAGUCUUCUUGAUGUGUCAGUUUGAAAAAUCCUUCUUGAUGUAGUUUUUCCUCAACAUCUCUAUAUUGAGCCUUUCUUUUGCUUUUUUCGGCCUAACAUGUUUCAGCCUUAUUCUUAGUUUUGUUACCAGUAGACUGUGAUCACUGUUGCAAUCUACACCUGAACAAGUCUUCAAAUUAAUUAUUUCAUUUGUAAAUCUGUAGUUGACUAGAAUAUAAUCAAUUUGGUUUCUUGUUUCUGCUCCUCUUAACCCUGGAACUCUUCAUGUAGCCAGUCUUCUUUCAUGCUGUUGGAACCAGGUGUUAGUUACAAUUAUGUUGGUUCUUCUGAAAAAUUUAACAAGUCUACUUCCUCUUUUUUCUCCUAAGACUCAUGGUCUAAUUAUGCUAUCUUCUCUCCCUCUUCCAAUUUUGGCAUUCAUUUCCCCAUAAUAAUCAGUGCAUCUCUCUUCUUUUUAAG